GGCUGACCCCUCCCCGUCCCCCCCCCGGUAUUUAAAGCCGGGCUGGCAGCCCCCCAACCCUUUGCCCCCGACAUGCUUCAAGCCCUGCUGCUGCUGGGGGGCCUGGCCCCCGCCCUGCCCGCCGGUCCCCACUGGGCGUACGAGGGCCCCCACGGGCAGCACCACUGGCCCGAGGGCCACCCGGCCUGCGGCGGCCGAGCCCAGUCACCCAUCGACAUCCGGACGCGUUGGGUGCAGCCGGACCCCUCGCUGCCACCCAUCCGCCCCAUCGGCUACAACCGCCCCGGCGCCCCGGUCUUCACCCUCGCCAACAACGGCCACACCGCGGUGCUGGUGCUGCCGCCCUCGCUGCGGCUCCAGGGGUUGCCCCAUGGCUUCGCCGCCGCACAGCUCCACUUCCACUGGGGAAGGCCCGGCAACGCCGCCGGCGCUGAGCAUCUCCUGGAUGGGCACCGCGCUGCCGCGGAGAUGCACGUGGUGCACUACAACGCGGAGCGCUAUGCCAACGCCAGCGAGGCGCAGCACCACGCCGGCGGACUGGCCGUGCUCGGUGUCCUCCUGGAGGUGGGUGCUGACCCCCACCCUGCCUACGACAACAUCCUGAGCCACCUUGGCAGCAUCCGCUAUGCUGGGCAGAAGACAGCCAUCCCUUCCUUCAGUGUGCAGGACCUGCUGCCCUCGCGCCUCGACCUCUACUACCGCUACAACGGGUCCCUCACCACCCCACCCUGCUUCCAGAGCGUCCUUUGGACCCUCUUCCAGCAGCCUGUCCGUAUCAGCAGGGCCCAGCUGGAGCAGCUCCAGGGAUCGCUUUAUGCCACGGAGGCGGCCGAACUGGAGCCCCAGCACCUGGUGGAUAAUUUUCGGGUGCCACAGGAGCUCAACCAGCGGCUGGUGCUGUCGUCUGUCCCCAGAGGAUCCCAAGGAUACUCGACAGGAGAAGUCAUCGCCAUCAUCUUUGGCGCCGUCUCCGGCUGCCUCGGACUCUUCCUCACCAUCCACUUUGCAGCCAAGCGGCUGCGAGCAAGGAGAGCGCAGGACCAGGACGUCGUCUUCAAAGCCUCCUCCCGCCGCAGCCCCUCCGACCACAGCCCCCAUCCAUGACCCACCACCCAGGCUGGGUUGUGCGGGACCCCUGCCGCCCCCCAGCCCCACGGCGGCUGCUCCUGCUCCAGCCCUACUGGAAAUAAAGCCUCUUCCCCACCCCACGGUGCUGCUGGGGAGGGAAUGGGGCUGGAUCCUAUCAGCCUUGGAAAACCAGGAGAC